AUGAGUGACGGCCGCUACGUCGAGGGAAGCUACUACUUCUUCGCCCCCAACAAGGGAGCCGCCAUUUUCUUCACGACUGCCUUUGCAACCUCAUGCAUACUGCAUCUGUGGCAGUGUUACCACUACAAGUUUUUCAAGGUGACGGGUCUCUUCGUUUUUUGCAACCUUCUCUUUGUCGCCGGCUUCGCUCUGCGCGUCUACGGAGCCUGGCACUAUGACAACCUUGCCCCUUUUAUCGCGAGCAUAUGUCUCGUCUACGCCAGCCCGCCCCUCCUCGAACUAGCAAACUACCACAUCCUCGGGCGCAUCUUGUAUUACGUGCCGUACCACUCCCCACUCCACCCUGGCCGCGUGCUCUCGACGUUUGCGUUCCUUUCGGGGCUCAUAGAGAUGCUCAACGGUUGGGGCGCGAGCUACACCGCCAAUGUUGACCUCCCUGGCGCCUCGCAGGCGACGGGCCACGCACUCAUGAAGACGUCGCUCGUGCUGCAGCUCGUCGUGGCCGGCCUCUUCCUCACCCUGGCCGUCGUGUUUCACCGCCGGUGCGUCACCGCGGGCCUCGGCGGCGCGCGGCAGAUCAAGAGUCCGCUGCGGACGCUCUACGUCAGCGUCGGGCUCAUCACGGCCCGGACCGUGUUCCGGCUCGUGGAGCACUUUGGAUUCGAGGGCAUCCAGUGGGAAGGGCUGGAAUCGGCGGACGUACCGGCCGUCAUCCGGUACGAGUGGUUCUUCUACGUCUUCGAGGCGUCUCUGAUGCUUGGGAACACGCUCAUGUGGAACUGGAGGCAUCCGAGGAGGUACCUGCCGGCCAAAUGCGACGUGUAUCUGGCGCGGGACGGCGUCACCGAAGUCGAGGGUCCAGGAUGGAAAGACGACAGGGUCUGGCUGCUGACAGUCAUCGAUCCAUUCGAUGUGGGGGGGUGCCUCAGGGGUAGGCAGGCCCAGGACAAGUUCUGGGAGAGGGAUGGCAUCGAGGGGGUCCGGCAGGCCAAGGGGUCUGUGUAG